UAUUGCUAUAUGUAGUUUAUAAUUGAUACCGUACUUCAUUGAAAGAAGCAAUGUCUUUUAUAUGAAGAUGUUCUUAUAUAUGUUUCUCUUCUAUUUGCAUGAACGUAUGAUUCAACCUCCUGAUCAAAAGCUUCACUGGUUAAUCAGAAACCUCACGACUAGCUAGCCUCGUCUUCAACGCCGAGUAUUUAAGGAGACAUUUACAUAUGUCCAAAAAAAAUUCUGAUCAUGUCUCCCUCUAUAUCGAUGAAAAGCUUUCUCAAUUAUCUCCAACAAGUACUGAGUGUUGUAUAUUCAGAGUGCCAGACCGACUCCGUAGGGAAAAUGAGAAAGCCUAUGAACCGGAAAUACUUGCUAUUGGUCCUUACCAUCAUGGUAAAGAUAACCUCAAACAAAUGGAAGAAAACAAAUUAUGGUAUUUGCAAAAGCUUGUUAAACGAAGAAAUGAGACGAGUGUGGACAGAUAUGUCAGGGCCAUGAGAGAAUUGGAAGAAAGAGCGCGGAAAUCCUAUGCAGGCUCCAUCAAUCUCAACACAGAUGAAUUUGUGCAAAUGAUGCUUCUUGAUGGUUGUUUUAUCAUCGAGUUGUUUCGCAAGUUUGAGAUGAGGGGAUUGAUAGAUGUGGAUGAUCCCAUUUACCAAUUGUGUCUAGUUCGCAAUGUCUUAAGGCGCGAUUUAUUGUUAUUUGAGAAUCAACUUCCAUUCUUUAUCCUGGUUGAGUUGUUCAACAUGACUAAGGUUGAAAGCCCACAAGAUGACAUUGUUAGGUUGUCCCUAAAUUUCUUGCGACAUGUGUUACCACAUCAAAAGUUAGACGUUCCUAAUGCAAAACCAAUCCAUGAGAUCAAGCACAUACUCAACUUGGUACAUGAUGGUUGGUGCUCUUCGUUUGCUGAAACUCGCAGAAGUGUUGAAAAUGUGAUUGUGCCAUGGACCUUUAUAGACUCAGCAACAGAGCUCCAAGAGGCUGGGGUUGAAUUCAAGAUGGUUAAUAGAAGUAGUAUAUUUGAUAUAAAUUUCACAAAUGGGGUAGUGGAGAUCCCACAGUUACGAGUUACAGACACAAUAGAAUCUCCCAUUAGAAACCUAGUCGCAUACGAGCAAUGCUUACCAGAUGCCUAUCCGAAAUAUGUUUGUGACUAUAUCGCCUUCAUGGAUUGGCUCAUCAAUUCUUCACAAGAUGUUGAGAUACUUCGUCGGAGUGGAAUUAUUCAAAACUGGAUAGGGGAUGAUGAAGUGGUCAAUACAAUGUUGAACAAGAUAGACAAGAACAUCAUGUUAUCUGUCACCCCAUUCAAUUAUUCAGAAAUCUCCAAUAAAUUGAAUAAGCAUUGUAAGCGACGGUUGAACGUGUGGAUGGCAAACUUGAGGCGGAAUUAUUUGAACAGUCCAUGGUCUUUGCUUUCCUUUCUUGCUGCUGUUCUGCUACUUGUUUUGACAAUCCUACAAACUGUACUUUCUAUUCUUUCUUAUGUUUCACCUUAAAUCUUAAAUCAUGUCUGUCAUCACAGUAUCAAACAUUAUCUCACCUUUUAAAUAAACUUGUAUAGUUAGUUCAUCAGUUGCUCUGUUUUUAAGACCUGUCUUAUAGAUGUAAUUUGGAAUUUGUUGUACCGCUUGUACUACAUAAAUCAUCAAUAAAUUUCCUUUUGUCCAUAAAAAACGAA